AUGGCGACCACACCUCAACGCGACAACAAACGCACUCGCUUCGACAACUCAGCUAGCGACCAGUCAAGUGCACCACCCCUUGCCUCUUUCAAGGACGUUGUCCAAAACCAUUGUGCGUCGCUCCAACCAGCUCUACGAGACAUUCUGAUUAACAGUGCCACCAUACAGUUUCUGCCACAUAUGGAUACUGCUAACAAAAAAGAACGUGCUGUUACCAGAAUGGAAUCUGAAGCGGCCUAUGUCCCACGGUCGGUCAAGCUCCAUUGCAAACUCCAUUGCACAAAGCUGACAACUCAAGAUGCGGAGUAUGCAAAUCUUGAGGCGACAUUGUCCAAUUCAGCCCGCACUUUUGAACAAGCAGCGAAAGCCACCAUUGUCCAAGCUACGAAACUUGACGUAAAAGUCCACCGAACAGCCGCAAAACGAGUUUUUUGUGAGGCACUCUACAAAGCUUCCAAAGCCUACAUCACUCUUAAUGAUCUUGACCUACAACAAAUUCAUAAAUAUGCAAACACCAUCAUGGACCGUCACCACGAGGAGAUUACUCCUAUUUUCGAGCUUCCUGACUUCAUUACUAAGGAACAUCUGAAGGCGAACUAUACUCAAUUUACUUCAGCCACAGAGCCUCUACCAAAUCCUUUCCUUCCGCCGGAUAUCCUCCCCCGCGCUAACAAUAAUAACCUACCACUUGGAAACCAAGCUGUAGUUGCACCUGCGGCCAACUUGAAUCCAUACCACAAUGCUGCCGCCGCAGCUCAAAACCAAAACGUCAAUCGCCACAUUGAGGACACUCUUGCCCACAUUUGGCGAUCCAUCCGCACCUGUUUUCUUGAUGCUUGGACAGCCUAUCUUCGUCAACAAAAAGACAAUGAUAACGCCCUCCGUAUGAAGAAAAUGUCGACUGAACUUCUAACUAAUGAAGCUACUGCUGCCACUGCAAUGCAAAUCGACCAAGAAGCGGCUCUUCCUCCUGCAACUCUUGCCACUCUCAUCCAGAGAGAGGUGCUUAAAGCCACUGCUCCCCUUAAAGGUACUAUUCGUGGCCUUGAAACGCAGCUAAAAAACUCCCAGAGAGGUUUACCGGGAGCCUCUCUCAAACCACAACGCCCCGGCAAAGGAGGACGAGGACGCGGAGGAGGAGGAAGAGGAAGAGGACGCGGAAAUCCAAACGCAGGUCGCGCACCUCGACAGGACGGCCCACAAGCCGCAGAAUCCGCCAACGCUUCCAACAGAGAUUCUCAAGGCACCAACACCAAUGCCUCGAGAGACAGAUCGAACAACAAGCGUUCGAACUCGUCCAACGCUGGCAACAAACGCAAGCACAGGUCCGGAAGAAAACGCAACUAG